AUGAACACCACGUUUAUAGAAGGACGGUGUGGAUGUGGCACUUACAUUCUGGUCCUAGUCUGCGUAAUUGGAGGAGGCCAUGCUGGCUGUGAAGCGGCCGCGGGUGCUGCGCGGACCGGCGCGCGCACGCUGCUCCUGACGCAGAACGUAAACACCAUCGGCGAGCUGUCGUGCAACCCGUCCAUGGGUGGUGUCGGGAAAGGCACCCUCAUGCGCGAGGUCGACGCUCUGGACGGACUUUGUUCCAAAGUCACAGACGCUGCAGGUAUCCAGUUUCAAGUGCUGAACCGGUCGAAAGGUGCAGCUGUAUGGAGUCCCAGAGCCCAGGUCGAUCGGAAACUCUACAAGAAGAAUAUGCAGAACGCAUUGAAACAUUACCCAAACUUGGACAUCAGAGCCGGUAGCGUCUUCGACUUGGUCCUCGGACCCCCUCCGAUGUCGCAUGACAUUCCUCGUUCGGAAGUAAAGGGCGUUAAACUCGACACUGGCGAAGUCAUAACGUGUUCGCAAGUCGUCAUUUGUACCGGGACGUUUCUUUCUGGCGAGAUACACAUAGGUUUGAAACGCUUCCCGGCAGGCCGAAUGAACGAAGCGCCAUCAGUAGGACUCUCUGCGUCGCUCAACGCUGCGGGUUUCCGCCUUGGCCGGUUGCAAACCGGCACGCCUGCUCGGCUGGCCAAAGACAGCAUAGACUUUUCGAGGCUUGAGGUCCAAGAAGGUGACGCCAAGCCUGUUCCGUUCAGCUUCAUGAACGAAGAGGUCGCAAACGCGGACAACCAAGUCAACUGUUAUCAAACGCAGACCACUUCGGCGACGCACGAUAUCGUGAGGGCAAAUAUCCACAAUUGCAUUCACAUACAGGAGACCAAGAAAGGACCGCGGUACUGCCCAUCUCUGGAGGCGAAGGUGAUGCGGUUUCCUCAAAAGUCCUCCCACGUCAUCUGGCUUGAGCCAGAAGGUUACGAUUCCGCUCUCAUUUACCCGAAUGGGUUGUCAUGCAGCCUGCCAGAGGAAGUGCAAGAAGAGAUGUACCGUUCCGUUCCUGGAUUGGAGAACGUGAAACUCGUCCGACCAGCAUACGGCGUCGAGUACGACCAUAUCGACGCUCGCGAGCUAGGCCCCACUUUGGAAACUAAACGAAUUAAGGGCCUCUUCCUCGCCGGCCAAAUCAACGGCACGACCGGAUAUGAGGAGGCUGCCGGCCAGGGAGUCGUGGCUGGCAUUAACGCUGGUCUCUCCGCGUUACAUAGGCCACCGCUCGUCAUCUCGCGCGCCGAAGGCUUCAUCGGCGUAAUGAUCGACGACCUCAUAAUCAAAGGCGCUGAAGAGCCCUACCGGAUGUUCACCUCGCGCUCGGAGUACCGGAUGACGCUGCGGAGUGACAAUGCAGACUUGCGCCUGACGGAGAAAGGUAGGAAAGUCGCAGGCUGUGUAGGCGACGCCCGUUGGGCCCGCUUCCAAGCGACACAGGCCGAGAUCGCGCGAGUGACGGGGUUGCUUCAGUCUUUCGUACGGAGCCCCCAGGGCUGGCAGAGUCACGGGUUCGAUCGGAAACCAGAUGGUGCCAUGAAGAGCGCAUUCGAGCUACUACGCCAUCGGAACGUCCCGAUCAGCGCGCUAAAUCAAGUUCUUCCCGAGCUCACCUCCGUCCACCCGCACAUCCUCACGCGAGUUGAGACCGAUGCUGUGUACAGCUCGCACCUCAGACGCCAGGAAGCGGACCUACGCGUGUUCAUGGAAGAUGAGUCGCUCGCGCUCGACCCACUUCUCGACUACAGCACCGUCGAGGGCCUCAGCUCCGAGGUCAGGGAGCGCCUGGUGAAGGUGCGGCCGAGCAGCAUCGGUGCAGCGAAGCGCAUGGAGGGCAUGACGCCUUCGUCAAUGAUAUACCUGCUCAGGCAUGCGCGGCGGAAGCACGCAAUUUUGACAAGCGGCGAAGGAAUGGGGGAGGCCGCUGUCCAGCAGUAA